AAGAAAUAUGUACAGUGUACAAGGCAUUAAAAAAGCAUAGGUCCUUGUCUGGGGACAAACUAGUGCUCACGGAGAGGGUCUUUGAAAUUAUUAUUCUGAGGUGUUAAAGAACUGUUGUUCACCAGAUAUGGUCCAUUUCAGCAAAAAACCUUUAAACCCCAAUAGUAAUCUUAAUUAAAAAUGUGAUGGGUAAAUUUUAUUGAUGGUUGUUCUUCCUAGUAUGUAUCUUUUGAAAUUAAAUUGCGAACAAUUACACAUGUCAAUUUCAAUACUCUUUCCAUGUGACAUUUUGCAAAGGAUUUCAUAUUUUCAUUUUUUUUUCUUUCGUUUUUUUGUCUUUCUUUCUACCUGGUGAUUUGAUAAAAUCGUUUCUUCUUGAAAUCGUUGUUUGAUGUUGCUGGAGAUCACUGUUUUUCACGAAUAUAUCGGACUUCUUUGAUCCUGAUCAAUAUCGCUUCAUGGUAUAGCCUACUACAUGUAAUAUGGUAUACUAAUAACGAAGUAUGUGGUACUCUACUUUUCCAUGCGUACCUUCAGUUUGUGAUAUCUAUGUGUCUAUAUACAUUACUACUUACUAAGCUUAAACGGUUGUCACGAAACCUUCAGAACUAAAUAUUAAACAAAUUAGUCAAAAGAAACGGAGAUAGUAAUAGAUUUAUAAAUUGACAUAUCCCUGUAAUAUAAGACUGAAAUGCUCUCAGGUUAUUUAUAUUACGCAGUAACAUAAUAUACACUGUAUUAAUAGUAUGGGUUGUCAUUUUUAUAGAGUUAAUCAUUAAGCUGGAGUGGUUAGAGUCGGUCGGUAUAUAAUUAACUAUUGUCAGAAUCUUGAUCGAAAUCUUUUAUUGAAGUGAUAAAUCGAAGUUCAUGGUGUAGUAAAUUCAAAAGCCUUCACUUUUCUUUAACAGAUGUUUGUAGAACAGUUUAAAGUCCUUUCGGAUUCUAACAUUGACGAAAUUAUGAAUGUAUAUUUGAUGUUAAAGGAAUACAAUACAUCUUUAAGAUUAUCAAAGAAAUUUCAAGUAACACUUAAAAAAUCUUGUUGUAUGGUUAAAGUAAGCAGUGGUAGAUUUCAAGUAAUAGCUGAACACGACAAAGCCGCGUGUUACGGUACGGGGUAUAUAUUUAACGUGCGAGGUCUUCAUGUGCUCUUUGAUAUAGCAUGCAUAUUGCAUUACUGUGUAAAUGAAGGUACCCGCUAAUUGGUCAUGAACAAGACUUCUACAUCCCCACGAGACUGAAGCACAGAGCAGAAAAUUUCAAUUGCAGAAGAAAUCGGUAAAAUCGAUCUGGUACGAAGAAAGCACAUUUUUUUUAGUAUUUAACUUUGGGGAUGUUGAUUGCUUGGCCGGAUAACUGUGUUAUUUAAAAUCAUAAUACAUCAUUACUGUUACUUGUGUAUCGAGUACCUCGUCCAAUGGGAGCGCGGAGUGUGCUAACCACAUGUUGUUCAGGCCUGACAUAUGUUCAGGUUUGAUUCCAUCUCUCGCUCAGUUUCACUUGGACGAGUGGAACAGGCCGUACGAGUGAUAAUUUUAAGGAUAUCAGCUAAUUGAAGAGCUGUCUGCACUAUAAUAUUUAAGAACAAAAUAAUUUCCCAAAUCAAAUCAUGUGUUUUAUAAUGUCAAGUGUUGCGUAUAUGUGAAGUCAAUGUGCUGCGAUUUUAUGUAUUUAGGCUUUCAUCCGACAGAUAAGAAUUUGAUUUCAAAAUGUUUUGAUGCUCUAAACCUGAUGACGGUAUAGAAAAAAUUACGCUGUUCAUCUUUCUGAGCACUUUAGUUUAUUUAAAUACAAUGGAGAACUCGACAAACAUUCCGACAAAUCUCACCAGGGUCCUUGAAAAUUCAUCUGUCGCAACUCAAUGUACAGAAGUGUUUUGUUUGAAUGACGAGGACUACCUGGAUUAUUUGGAAAACUAUGUUUUUCCGGAAGACUGGGAAUGGAGUGUCAUUAUUAUGUACGCUAUAACUUUUGUGGUUGGACUUUCUGGGAAUGUUCUGGUCUGCUUUGCGGUAUGGAGAAACAGGUCCAUGCGGACAGUCACCAACAUUUUCAUCGUGAAUUUGGCGAUUGCAGAUCUUACCGUCAUCAUCAUAUGCCUACCGCCGACUCUUUUGGCCGAUGUCACCGAGACUUGGUAUUUCGGAUUCGUUAUGUGUAAAAUAGCACUAUUCUUACAGACGACUUCGGUUGCAGUGUCAGUUUUCACACUAAGUGCCAUCUCAGUGGAACGAUGGUACGCCAUUUGCUAUCCGCUUCGCUUCAAAAGCACCAAGAGGAGGGCCAAAAUAAUUAUUCUUGUCAUUUGGAUUAUCGCAUUUCUUCUUGCCUUACCCGAGAUAAUCGUCGCAGAUCUGAAACGUUUUGUAGAGCGUCAAUAUAUAGACCUCCUCGUCACGUGUGGACCCCGCUGGCCCGACAUGUCGAACCAGGUUGUCUACCAAGGCUUUAUGAUAGUCUUUAUGUACUUACUCCCAUUAGUUCUGAUGACUGUCACUUACAGUAUGAUUGCAGUUGUCCUGUGGACUGGCAAAAUUCCUGGCGCUAUUGAAUCUGCCAAUAAACCGAUGAUGGAUUGCAAGGUGAAUAGGGCGGAGGAACAACUAGAAUCGCGGAAGAAAGCAGCCAAGAUGCUCAUCACUGUCGUCAUUGGGUUUGCUGUCUGCUACUUUCCCGUUCACCUGUUUAAUAUUCUCAGAUAUGCAAAUGCACUGAAAUCUGCAGCUCCUCACUCCAUUCAGAUAGUGUCAAUGGUGUCACAUUGGUUGCCGUACCUCAACAGUUCUAUCAACCCUAUCAUUUAUAAUUUUAUGAGCGCCAAAUUCAGAAAAGAGUUCGCAGUAGCCUGUUGUUGCACCAAAAGAAAAAGAGCAUUCAGUGUGCAGUACAGAAGCGGGGUAUCAACAUUCAGCUGUGCGUCCCAAUACAACCACCGCAACAACAGCAACUCCUGCACAGAACAAGUCCUGUUGUCAACAUAUCCUGAUCGAUAAUAUAUAUAUAUAUAUAUAUAUUUGUGAUAGUUGAAAUUGUUUACAUGACGUCUUAAUUAAAAGUGUCGUUUGUUUCCUAUUUUCGACCGACUCCGAAAGAAAUUCUGACCUUAACAUUUUUUGUUUUGUUAUUACUCUCAAUUUCACAAGUUUGAAUGCACGCUUUUAAGAUUUGCUGAAAAAUGUUUUGCUCAUUGAAUUGUCACUUUUACAAAAAUAAAAUAUAAUUCUUCCUACCGACCCAUCGGUCAAAAUAGUGGGUCCGAAAGGGGAACAAACUAGGUUUUAAUUAGGCCUGGUUGUUUAUAUUUUAGUUUCAAAGUUUUUUUGUAAUAGUAUGAAGAGUUUAUAAAUUUCAUGUUGAUUAGCUGGUCUGUUACAAAGUAACUGUUCUGUUUUAUAUUAAACGUAGAUACAUGUGUACCUGUAUGGUGUCAUUGUCAGUGUUUGUAUCAUAUAUCUGGUCAUUUUGGCGCCCUGGGAAUGUUGGCUGUUUUAGUGGAUGAUGAAACUUCACCAAAUGUAAAAGCGCCAAAUUAAAUAUUUCAGGUAUUAAACGAAACAUAGCCAAAUUUAGAAUAAAGCCCCAAGAUUUCAAGGUGCUUUUGAACAAUCAAAAUCCGCCAAAAUAUCCCGACGCCAAAAUAACGUGAUAUACGGUAAAUGUAGAUCAAUAAAGACUCCAACGUUUUCAUCCUCCCACAAUUUUUGCAUAAAUUAUAUACAUGUAUAGGAGUGGUUUGUUUGCUAAUUGUACAGGAGUAAAAAAGAGUUCAACAUUUGAUAUUUAUUUAGAAAAGUACUUGACUCCAAUUGCCAGAGAGAGAGAGAGAGAGAGAAAUCCAAUGUAUUUUUAUCACGUUAAUGGACACUUUCCUAGAAAUGGAAAGAUAAAUCGAUCAGGUAUUAAUUCGCAUUUGUCGAGAUGAAGCGAGUCCACCACACCUGAGGACCCCACGGCCAUGAAACAUUUUAAACUCGAGUCAACAUCUGUACACUGCGAUGAAAUCAUACAGAAUCAAAUAGUUCAAAAUUUUAAAAAUGCUUUGUAAGAUAAUAUCAGCAGAGUGCUGUUGAUUUAUUAUCGGUUCCAUAUAGUUAAUAAAAAUCUCAGACUAUUGAAAUUAUGGCUCAAGUCUUUGUCAGAAUUUACUACAAGUUUAAUGUAUUUCUCCUCACUUCCAUAUCUCCGUCCACGAAAGUACCUCACCAAAGUCUCAUGAAUAGAAAACCUUGACAAUGCACAAACAAAAAUUACACGACUGUUUUCCCUUAUAAAAUUGUUGUCAUGAAAAACAAAUAAACAUUAAUUUCCCUGUAAUGCAAGUAGGUAUGCGGAGCUUUUGCUGGGAAAGUUUCGAUUAAUACUUCGCGUACAAUAUCGAGACUUUUCUUGGGUGCAAGUAGUUAGGCGUUAAUGCUGAACUGUAGGAAGCGCGUGCAUUAAAUUUCCCUCCAAAUGAUCUCUAAUCCCCAAUCAGCAAAGGAAGUCAUUGAUGUGCUGUGCAAAACACACAACAAAAGUAACGGAAUUCCAUCAGCUUUAUAGUAUCAGCGAGGACCGUAUUCAAAUAAAGAACAUAGACGGAAUAGAAACAGACAACCUAUUCCUGGUGAAUUUAUUCCCCAGCAUAUGCUGUUUUACUUGUAAAUUGUUUUGUUAGGGAUGGUGUAACUGACAAUUGAUAUGCGGUAUGUUGUAUCUUUGUUAUACAUUUUUGCAAAUAAAUGAUGUUGAGUAGAGGAAA